AUGUAUUCUAUCCUAUACGUGAGUCUUUUACUAUCAAUAACACAUAGUCUUCCUACCUUUAGGAAUGGACAGAAGAAUCAUAACAAGCUGCUACUUAUUUCCUUUGAUGGCUUUCGUUGGGAUUACGACGAAGAUGUUGAAUGCCCAAAUUUGAAAAAUUUAAUCAAAGAAGGCGUAAAAGCCAAAUAUGUUACACCCCCCUUUAUUACAAUAACCUCUCCAUCUCAUUUCACAUUGCUAACGGGUAGAUAUAUCGAGACGCAUGGUGUGAUCCACAACAUGUGGUUCAACACAACAACUGGACAAAAAGUGCAAUAUUACCAGGCGCAGAGUAUCAACAAAUAUUGGGAUGCUGGAAGUUUGCCAAUCUGGAUCACUGCUCAGCGACAGGGUUUAAAAACAGGCUCCUUUCACUUCCCUGGCACCAAACCUACCUAUGACGGAGAAGAUGCUUUCCUGAAAGUGGUAGAGCCUCCAUUUUAUGAUUACAGCAAUGAAACAGCCUGGAAAGAAAGCAUUGAUACAGUAAUGCAAUGGUUCACUUCGCAAGGUCUGGAUUUUGUUUCGCUCUACUUUGGUGAACCAGAUGGAGCUGGCCACAAACAUGGACCUGAAUCAAUACAGAGAAAAGACAUGGUGCGGCAGGUAGACAGAACAGUAGGUUACUUACUUCAGAGUAUUGAAAGUCAUGGCUUGAAAUCUAAACUCAAUGUCAUCAUCACUUCUGAUCACGGAAUGACUACUGUGCUGAAAGAACCCCAGGUUACAGAAAUUGUGCUGAAAAGAAUUGCCAACUUCUCAUUCAAAGACAAUGAUUUUGAAUUACUCGAUUAUGGACCAAAUGGCAUGUUAUUACCAAAAAAUGGAAUGACAGAAAAGGUGUAUCAAGCUCUAAAAGGUGCCCAUCCUCAUCUAAACGUUUAUAAAAAAGAGGAUUUUCCAAAAAGAUUCCACUAUUCUAACAACGAAAGAAUUCUCCCUAUUAUCAUGUACGGUGACCUUGGCUAUGUUGUUCACGGGAGAGCCAAAUUCCAGUUUAACAAAGGUGAGCAUGGUUUUGAUAAUGAGCACAUGGACAUGAAGAUGAUUUUUCGCGCAUUUGGUCCAGAUUUCAAAAAGAAUUAUUUGGCCGAGCCAUUCGAAAGUGUGAACAUUUAUCCACUAAUGUGCGAACUUCUCCACAUAAAGCCAGAACCAAACAAUGGAUCUUUGGAACUUACCAGAAGAAUGUUGAACUAUCAAGACACCAAAUGUAAGAAGCAACUACGCAAGAACAAGCUCGAUCAUAGUCUUCCGAUAAAAGAUGAUAGGACAAUGAAAUAA